AUGUUUAUAACAUCAUUAUAUAUACUUCUAUUUACAAUUAUAAUACCUAAUAUUUUAGCUGAUCCAUCUAUGGAAGAAUUAGAAGGUACAUGGACUUCAAAAUCAAAUACAGUAUUUACAGGUCCAGGAUUUUAUGAUCCAAUAGAUGAAUUAUUAAUUGAACCUGAUUUACCUGGAAUUUCUUAUAGUUUUACAAAAGAUGGUCAUUUUGAAGAAGCUCUUUAUAGAGUUGUUGGUAAUCCAAAAAAUCAUUCAUGUCCUGUUGCUUCAGUAACUUAUCAACAUGGAACUUAUGAAAUUUUAACAAAUGGAUCAAUUGUAUUAACUCCAAUAGCAGUUGAUGGUAGACAAUUAUUAAGUGAUCCAUGUAAUCAAGAAAAUCCAAAUGAAUCUCAAUAUGUUAGAUAUGUUCAACCUACUUUUUUCAAAACUUAUCAAAAAUAUGUUGAUUCUUAUCAUGGUAGAUGGACUUUACAAAUUUAUCAAUUUGAUGGUUCAAAAAUGCAACCAUUAUAUUUAGCUUAUCAACCUCCUUUAAUGUUACCUACUUAUGCUUUAAAUCCAACUGAUUCAGCAAGUGAAACUGCUUCAACUUUGAGAAGUAAUGGUGGAACCAAUAAGAAAAAAAGAUCUACUAAUAUAAAAAAUAAUUUAAAAAGAUCAUUAGAAAAUAGUUAUAGAACUAAUGCUAUAAAAAGAAGUUUUAUUGAUGAUAAUAAAUUUGAUUUUUAUUGGUGGUGUUCUGUAUUGUCAUUAGGUAUAAUUAGUAGUUUUUUAUUUUUAAAGAAGUAA